AUGGCAUUUAUUAAAGAGGAGAGUGAAGAUGUGAAGAUUGAAGAAACAUUCACCGUAAAACAGGAAGAUCUGCAGGAACAAACAGACCUAAUGGUGCUGAAAGAAGAGGCUCAUCAGCAGAAUGAAAUGGAAGAAAAACCCCAAGAAAUAACGACUGAUGAAAAACCCACACUGAAUAAAAAGACAUCAUCACGUGGAAGACCUCGGAAAUCCAAAUCUGCAUGUAAUUUCAGCAGUAAACAAAAUAGAAAGAGUUCAAGUCAAAAGUCAAACCUUGAUGUUGACGUCGAAGUUCAAACUAGGGGGGAACCUUACAACUGCAAACAGUGUGGAAAGAGUUUUGGUAAAAUACAAGGCUUUAAUAAACACAUGAGAAUUCACACUGGAGAGAGGCCUUUCAGCUGUAAACAAUGCGGAAAGGGUUUCAGUCAAAAGUCAAACCUUGAUGUUCACAUGAGAGUUCACACUAGGGAGAAACCUUACACCUGCAAACAGUGUGGAAAGAGUUUUGGUUAUAUACAGGGGUUUACAACCCACAUGAGAAUUCACACUGGAGAGAGGCCGUACACAUGCAAACAGUGUGGAAAAAGGUUCUAUCAUGCAGGAAACUUUGCAGUGCACGUUAGAAUUCACACUGGGGAGAGGCCGUACAUAUGCCAACAAUGUGGAAAAAGCUUCUAUCAAUCAGGUAACUUUGCCAUGCACAUGAGAACUCACACUGGAGAGAGGCCUUACUCUUGCAUUCAGUGUGGAAAGAGUUUCAAGCUAAAUGGCACCCUUGAAACCCACAUGAGAACACACACUGGAGAGAGAAUUUUUACUUGCAAACAGUGUGGGAAGACUUUUUCUCGAAAACAAGCCCUUGAAAUCCACAUGAGGAUUCACACUGAAGACAAACCUUACAGAUGCACAAAGUGUGGUAAAUGUUUCACAUGCAAAAGCACACUCAAACACCACAUGAAAAGUCACACCGGAAAGAAGCCGUUUGCAUGUUCUCAGUGUGGAAAGAACUUCACAACCAAAGCUAGCCUCACAAACCACAUUAAUGGUCACACUGGAACCAUAGUGUUCACAUGUGAUCUGUGUGGAAAGGGUCUCACGCGCAAAGACUCCAUUAAGCGACACAUGAAGACUCACUCAGGAGAGGAUCCUUUUAGAUGCAGUGAGUGUGGAAAGGGCUUUAAAAAUAAAAGAAGCCUCAGCACUCAUAUGAAGUGUCACAAUAGAGAUCAGAGUCCUCAAAAUUAAAGCCUUGUCACGCAAUAAUGUGUAUAUAUUUAAAACGGGAGCUUUUUAAUGUAGGUUGGCUGUUCAUUCAUGUUUAUUUAUAAACUACUUUCGAGAGGAUCAUAUGCUUAUGAUUGUCCAUGGCUGAUCCUGCAUUAGCUAACACAUGAUUCACCAAUCAGAUGAAUCCUGACACACUAUAAAUAACCAGAGUUUCUUACCUCAGUUAUUCAUCUUGAAGAACCCCCCUCCCACCCCCACUUCCCCUCCUUCCUAGAUUUGGCGACACGUCAGCCCAGUGAUUAGCACUGUUGCCUCACAACAAGAAUGUCACACGUUAAACCAAAGUCCCGUUAGGAAAGUCAUUUUACUCGGCAGCCGUCUUUGAAAUGACUCUCGGGCAGUAGGCUUGGGGAAUAUCUUUGAAUGGGGAAACAUCAAAUUCUCCGAAACUACUUGCCAAGCUUACAAUUUUAUUUAAUAUUACAAAUAACUAAUAAAAUUAAACAACAACUGUCUAUUCAGAUUAUUUUCUAAAUGUUUGUAUUACACAGAAACUCUGGUCUGGGCUGAUUCCCUCCCCCGGAGAAUCAGCAUACUAUAGUGAUCGCUUUAUUCGUCAUAUAGCGAUCGCUGAUUGGCUCCUGUACUAGAAGGCGAGGCUUCAUUCGCCAAUUUGACAGUUACACUUUUUCCCAUUCAAAAGUAUACGAGUGACAUAUCUUGUGUAUUCUAUAGUCCUUGGUUAAAAUCCUUACUGAAGCGGUUGACAUUUGUGCGGAGUUUGCUCAUUCUCCCCAUGCUCGCGUAGGUUUCCCCUGGGUUCCUUGGUUUCCUCCCACUGUCCAAAAACAUGCAACCCAAGUAAGUUGAACAUUCUAAAUUGGCACCAUAGUCAAGCUAUUAGUAAGCCUUAUAACUCCCUUAAGCUUUCCCUAUAUCUGUCAUUAGAACAGAAACAAGUCGAGGGAGUUCAUCGAGAUGUACCUGAGCUCAAACUCCACUCUCGCCCUGCUUACAGGAGGGAGCCCAGGACUCAAGGAUCUUAUGAGCUUGUUUCAUAUGCAAACAAGCAUCAGUAUCUGAGAGGGUGUGAACCAAAUGGCCCACAGCAGGAAUGUCAAACUCAAUUCCUGGAGGGCCGCAGCCCUGCACAGUUUAGUUCCAACCCUAAUUAAACACACCUGAUCAAACUAGUUGAGUCCAUCUGGCUUGUAUGAAUCCCACAGGUAAGUGUGUUGGAGCGGGGUUGGAACUAAACUGUGCAGGGCUGCAGCCCUCCAGGAAUUGAGUUUGACAUCCCUGGCCUACAGGACCUCAACAAUUGCAACCCAACCAAAGCAGUUGGGUAAUGUCCGGGGGGAUUACAGUACAUCCUUUAUUAUGAAGUAGUUUCUCACAGACAGUACUUUAGGUUAAGUUACUUAUAAGACGGAUCGGUUAACAUAACAUUACUGCUGAGGAACUGCACUAUUCAUUGUCUUCAAUAAAGUCUUCUCCCCGUAAGAACUUUGCUUAGCUUACUUAUUUUAUAUAUUAGAGUCAUCUAUACAUUGGCGAGCCACCCAAAAAUGGUUAGGCCAAAUACAGCAAAAUCUAACAAUGUGUUUCAACUAUAUUAUAUAGGGAUAACCAUAUUUGUGCACAUUGCACACUUGCAAAUAGUUUAUUAAUCUACAAAUCAAUUUGUCGGCUCUGAAACGAGAAUCAGAAAGAUUAGGGAGGAGAAAAUGUUUGGGGAGAUGCAGGGAACACUGUUCUAUACCCUUAGAUUGUUUUUGAUCAUUUACAUUGUUUGAUUGUCACUCGUGUGAAUAAACUCAGACUUAUGCGGUUUGAACUCGCCAUAAGGCAAUGACAGUGACCGACUGAUGCAGACUCCCUAAAGCCCUGUUCAGACUAGUUAUGACAGAUCAUGGGUCUGUUCUUUGUGCCUCGCUUAAAUGAUUUAAGAUGAUUUGGCAGAUCCUGGAUAUUUUAAUCUUGAUAACUGAUCUCUGGCUAAUAAGGUUCUUCAAACAAGUUUGUGAAUCAGAUUAAAAUGUCUGGAUGAACUGAUCUAAAAUCGCUGUGUGUGUUGUGAAGGACAGAUCUAUCGUUUCCAAAAAUCAUGAUCAGCAAUGCAGUGAUUGGCUGUUGGCACAGCAGCGUAAUGACAUCAUUAAAUUAAUAUUCGAUUAUCCAUGAAUUACAUCGAAUUCAUUGGAAACGGUUUGUAAAAUAUGAUACGCAUCUUUACAACUUUGUUGUGGGCCACAGGCUUUACGUUUUUAUCUGUCAAGAGUAUUUACCAAUUUAUUUAGUUUUACAGUUAGAGCAGAUUUUCUUUAUUAUAGUAGCCAUAGCAGUAUUAUCGUAGCUUGUCUCUUAAUCGGUGUAAAGAAUGACUGGAUUUUUAAAUUAAUUUUGCAUCACAAAAACAUUGUAAUAUUGGUAGAGGUGUCUGCAACUUUCACCAACAAAGCAUCGAAGCAUCAAAUCACCAACAUAUUAGCUGUCUGACUGCAUAAAUGUAUUACUCCUUUGAAAAAGGUUGACUAUUGUGCAUUUACUAAAGCAAUUCUAUGCAUUUGUAUCUAAAAACUCCUUAUCAAUAAAUUUUCUCUUUGUGACAGGUGA